CAAGUAUCGCAUUUUAGCCACAUUGAUAAAAAUAAAAACAAACAUAUUUUUUAAUCCUUAAGAAUAUUGAAAAUUUUCACAAUGACAGAAUUUCAAUGGCCAUGGGAGUAUACAUUUCCACCAUUUUUCACUUUACAGCCACACGAAGAGACACGCAAUCAGCAAAUUAAAGUAUGGUCCGAUCUCUUUCUGCAGUACCUCAAACAUCUGAAUAAAUUCCAAGUUAAUAUUAAUGAAAGUAGCUCUCCACUUUUCUACAAUGAAACAUUGAAACGUCGCUUAACACCCGAAACUAUAUUGCAUAUUUUGGAGCAAUUGCGACAAACCGGUCAUGCAGCACCACUGGAUAAGCGACGCAUAGAGUGGCAGGUAUACUGGUAUACAUUGGAGGAGUAUGCGAAUAUGGUGUACGAUUGGGUGCAGCAGACGGGGCAGUUGAAUACAAUUUGCACGUUGUAUGAAAUUGCGUCUGGUGAGAAUUCUGAGGGCAUGGAAUUUCAUGGUGUUGAUGAGGCAGUGCUGUUGAAUGCAUUGCGCAUUUUGGAGAAUAAAGGCAAAUGUGAGAUAGUGCAAUUGGACGACAGUUAUGGCAUUAAAUUCUUCUAGAAGUCAGUGUAUUUAUUAUUUGUGUACGUCUGCAUAACCUGCAUUAUUUUUUUCUGACAGUGAUAAAUAAAAUAUUAGUGAAAAUAUUUUUUAGAAAAGCCUGGA